AUGCGCGUCACAAUAUUCGAGGUGGAAUCCCAACUCCAAACCGCUUCAUGGCUCCGUCACUCCUUAUCCGCCACGCCUCACGACUCGUCUUAUUCGCAACCAGCUGCCAAUCUCAGCCAAAACGUCACGGAUGAAGAGAAAAACCACUACCAUGAAGCUGUUGUCGCGAGUAAGGAGAAGCAGAUACGGACACCAUGGCACCGAGAAGGAUCGGAUAAAGCCCCCGUAGCACGUCAAAGGAGUGCUGGAGCUAUGACGAAAGGGAAACUUUUAACCACGCCAUCGCGAAUGCUAAAGUUGAUUCUUCCCCUAACGACGAAGGACGUAAACACAGAUCGCAAAGAUGUCGAGCCUCUUGCACUCUUGGUUCAUCCCCAACAACCUCUCUCUUAUCUAGAACGCCUUAUACAGUCUGAACUUCCAAUUCUUGAAAUCGAUAACAAAGAGAAAAUUCCAGCUGUCUACUUCCGAGCUGAAGACUCUACCGACAGUGCCAUCGAACACAAAAAAAAGAUUAACAGAGAAGCCACGCAACAAGAACCCGAAGAAGAGCGCACCGACGAACAAGACGAUGACGCCCAACAUCUCGAAAAAGCCGAUGAGAUCAAGAUUGAUGGCAAGACAGAACGCACCGGGAAGAUCAACAAGAAAGACUCCACGAUUGCCAAUAAACUUCGAGGUGGUCCCGGCGAGGGUGGGGUUGAAUCUUACUCCGGCCUCGGCCACGAAAACUCAUCCUCGCACGAGCGCAAGUUUGUGCGCUGGUCCUCGAGCACCGAGAUUGGCGACUUUAUUCGAGAUGCUGCGCGCGGCAAAGAGUUCGCCGUCGAGAUAGAGGGAGCGCCAGCAGAUAUUCGCGUCGGCGUACCAAGUUUCGGUGAUCGCACUUACUAUUUGCGUAUGCGCUUGCGGAAGACUGCGAAGAAAUUAAGCACUCUGGCGGAUUUGAAAAAUGAGUGUGAUCAUAUCGCGCAUCGCCAUGCGCAACGUGUCGCGUUCAGCGGGUUCUUCGGGCUAUGUGGAUGGUGGGGUGUAGUUUCGUGGUUGACGUUUGCGACGGAACUGGGAUGGGAUACGAUGGAGCCCGUAACAUAUCUCGUGGGUCUUUCGACGCUGAUUGGGGGUUACGUGUGGUUCUUGUAUCACAACCGCGAGGUGUCCUAUCGAUCGGCGAUGAACAUCACCAUCUCACGGCGGCAGCAAAAGUUGUACUCGUCAAAAGGGUUUGAUGUGGACAAAUGGCAGCACCUGAUCGAGGAGGGUAAUGCCCUGAGGAAGGAAAUCAAGGCGGUUGCGGAUGAAUACGAUGUCGAGUGGGACGAACAGAGGGACGAAAAAGACGAGAAAGUCAUGAAAGCUCUUCGAGAGGAGCGGGAGAAGAAAAAAGAGAGGAAAAAGGACAAAGAGGAGGAAGAGAAAGAUGAUGAGUGAGGAGCAUAUGUGAAGGCUAAACCUAUUGCAACAACAUCUUGAAGGCAUGCCUAUCAACGGGGAUUCACAGCGAGGCGUCUGAGGUCUGCAUAGAGAAGUAAAACGAGUCAGAGCUUAUUUAAUAGUGCAAUCAACAGGGAGAGAACAUGAUCAUCGCUGCUAUGUUACUAUUGUGCAGAUCUCGCGUGUCUUGGCGAUCAGAAGAUACAAGUACUGUUUCAGAGUUCAGGGAAGGUAGCAUGUCCUGUCCCCCAUAUGCUGUCUUUUGUUGUGUUAUAAAGUGUCAUCUGUCCUAGUCUGAUCUAGGAUAUGUAUAUUGAAACCCGAAUAGCAAGCCCAACAGCUUCCACAC